AUGGCUGACUUAGGUGGAUACCAAGACAACUACUCUGGGAACCGAGACCAGAACCCCAAUACCAACGCUGGCUCAAUGUCACCAGGUUCGUCACAGUAUAAAGUACCAAACAUCAAUAUCCACAAAGAGGCUGGCUCUCCAGUAAAUGCCAGUGAGUUGCUUAGCAGGUCCUCUGAUAUCAAAAAACAGUUAUCACAGUCCUUCCAGGGUGGUGCAUCUAGUGGUGGUGUUCAGAAGCCACUGUCAAGAAGAAAUUCGGCUAUCCAUAUCAAGAAUGAGGACGAAGACGAGGAGGACCAGGGAAACGAGAGGAAACGUCGUGACAACAUCAAUGAAAAGAUACAAGAAUUGCUAGCACUUGUACCACCAGUUUACUUCCUGGAUAUGGCUACAAGAGAGGAGGAGGAUGGUGCUGCCAAGAGCACUGGCACCAAAGACGGUAAGCCCAACAAGGGCCAGAUUUUGACAAAGUCUGUGGAGUAUAUUCAAUACCUACAGAAUUUGAUUGACGAUAAUAAUCGCAAGGAAGUUGAAUUGCAACUCAAACUCAAGACACUCAGGAUGCAGCAACAGGGAAGAAACAACGUUCCAAUUUCAGCAGAUCCUACAAGUGCUGAAAAAGCUUUAGGAGAAAUUGGUGUGGGUCCACAUUCUAGAAAGUACUUUGAAGAAGUCCUACUCCAGUCUUCUGGCAAUAAAGGAAGUUAA